GAGCGUACCAGAGUGCCGCUGUGUCGCAGUCAAAGCGCUCCGGGUGAAUAAGUGGGUGAAAGGUCUGUCAGUCAGGAGUGACAGCAGCACGCAAACGCACCUCACAGGAACGCCGUCGACCAGAAAAAUGUCCAAACAGCAGCAGAUCAGUCCGAUGAAGAACUUCUUCGCAGGAGGCUUCGGCGGCGUCUGCCUCGUCUUCGCCGGACAUCCACUCGACACCAUAAAGGUGCGUUUACAGACACAGCCCAAACCCAAACCCGGAGAGAGCCUCUUGUAUGCUGGAACCAUUGAUUGUCUCAAGAAGACCUUCGCCAAAGAGGGUCUGAAGGGAUUCUAUAAAGGCAUGGCAGCGCCGAUCAUUGGAGUCACACCCAUGUUUGCUGUCUGUUUCUUUGGAUUCGGAAUGGGCAAAAAACUACAACAGAAAACCCCCGAUGACAUCCUUACGUAUCCACAGCUGUUUGCUGCAGGCAUGUUGUCUGGUGUGUUCACCACGGCCAUCAUGGCUCCGGGAGAGCGCAUCAAAUGCCUCCUACAGAUCCAGGCAUCAACAGGAGAGGUGAAGUAUGCCGGACCCAUGGACUGUGUCAAACAGCUGUACAGAGAGUUUGGGAUCAGAGGAAUCUACAAAGGCACCGCGCUGACUCUGAUGAGAGAUGUUCCGGCGAGUGGGAUGUAUUUCACUUCUUAUGAGUGGUUGAAGAACGUCCUCACACCAGCAGGGAAAAGCCAUAACGAGCUCAGCGUUCCCAGUGUGCUGUUUGCUGGCGGGAUGGCUGGGAUCUUUAACUGGGCGGUCGCAAUUCCAGCCGACGUGCUCAAGUCUCGUUUCCAAACAGCUCCUGAAGGAAAGUACCCCAAUGGCUUUCGGGACGUUCUGCGGGAGCUGAUCCGAGAAGAGGGCAUCGGCUCUCUGUACAAAGGCUUCAACGCCGUCAUGCUGAGAGCUUUUCCCGCAAACGCCGCUUGUUUCUUAGGAUUUGAAUUUGCAAUGAAGUUCCUGCACUGGAUGGCACCGGACCUGUGAGGAAGUUUCAGCAUCGCCUCGUAUGGGAAUCCCAGGAAAAUAACCGUUUAAUACGGAGCAGUUAUUAGCGACACACACACAGUAAAUCUCAGAGAGAUUUUAACAGGUUUCCAACUAUGUACUUGAUUAUCUUCGAACCGCGUACUGUAGAGCGUGUGGAUCAUUCAGACGUGUGGAGGAAGCGGAGCAGACAUGUUGUGGUGACUUGGUACCAGUGCUUAAACAUAAACACACACAAACAGAUGCACGUUCUCACUCCUUUUCGUUUUAAAUUUUGAUUUCUCUUUUAUUGUUGUUUUUGUAUAAGGAAAAGGGGUGAAGAGAACAUGCUGUGCCUUACCUUUCGUUAUCUGUGAGCAGGUGUACAUAUCAGGGAAAAGGUGAUGUAGGUUUUACUGUGUUCCAUCAGUCUCUUGGCAAUACACACAUUUUAAAUUGUCUGCUUCCUGCGAGGUCACCCCCCCCCCCCACUCAGUGACCACCAAAGAUAGCUACUCAUUCUGUUAAUUAUGAGAGUGGUCAUAGUGAGAUUCACUAAACUACAUGAAUGUUGAAAUGUAAAGAAAUUAAAAGAUAGAAUCCAUAUUUA